UCCCCUAUCGUCUAGAAGAAUAUGAUACUUUCCUUUCAUGGUGGGCAGAUAAUUAAGCACAUGAUACUUUCCUUCCAUGGCUUGUAGAUCAGAAGCACAUUAUACUUUUAUUCCAUGGCGUCUAUAAGAGCACAUGAGAAAGAAGACAUCAAGUUUGUGAGACUGCUCUUGGCUUUUUGGCAGAAGAAACCAGAGACUUCUUUCUUCUGAACGUACAUUUUGCUGAUCUUUGCAUACUUUCUCCGACGAAAACAAUGGCAGAGCUCAUUCUUUCUGCAUUCCUUGAUGUGUUGUUUGACCGACUGGCGUCUCCCGAGUUGCUGAAAUUUGCUCGCCUAAAGGGACUUCGCAAACAGCUGGACAAGUGGGGCAAAACGUUGACAAGAAUUCGAGACGUGCUUGAUGAUGCAGAGGAGAAGCAACAGACUCAAAAGACAGUGAAAGCUUGGCUUGAUGAUCUCAGAGACUUGGCCUAUGACGUGGAAGAUAUACUGGAUGAGUUCGCCACAAAAGCUUUGCAACGCAAGUUGAUGGCCGGUGAAAGUCAGGCUAGCGCUAGUAAGGUACGAAAUCUCGUCCCUGCUUGUUGUACUAGUUUUACUCCAAGUGCUGUUAAGACCAAGUUUAGGCUGGGGCCAAAGAUAGAGGAAAUAAAUACUAGAUUUAAUGAUCUCGUGACCCAAAAAGAUCAACUUAAUUUGAAGGAAAAUUCUAGUCCGAGGCCAAGCAAAAGAAAGAUACCUCCCUCAACUUCUGUGGUGACCGAAGAUUACAUAUACGGUAGGGAGGAAGUCAAAGAGGCUGUACUUCAAUUAUUGAUAAGUGAUAAACAUAGUGAUGCCUUUACUAAAGUGAAUGUGAUUCCUAUAGUUGGUAUGGGGGGUAUUGGAAAGACAACCCUCGCCCAGCUUGUUUACAAUGAUAAAAAAGUGGAGAGCUUUUUCGAUCUGAAAGCAUGGGCUUGUGUGUCAGAAGAUUUUGAUGUUGCUGCAGUUACCAAAACAAUUUUACAGUCUUCGACCUCGGUAAACUGUGAGGGCAAAGAUCUAAAUUGGUUGCAAGAAAAAUUGAAGGAGCAACUACGUGGGAAAAAGUUUCUAGUAAUUCUUGAUGAUGUUUGGAACGAGAACUACAAUGAUUGGACUCGCCUACGUGCCCCUUUUGAAGUUGGGGCUCCUGGAAGUAGUAUUAUCGUCACAACUCGUAUUCAAGAAGUAUCAUCAUUGAUGGGAACCAUUAAAGUUGAGCCUUUUCAGUUGCAGGAGUUGUCGAAUGAAGCUUGUUUGUCCAUAUUUACCCAACAUGCAUUGGAUGCAAGAGACUUCAGUGCGCAUCCAAACCUUAAAGAUAUUGGUGAGGAAAUUGUUCGUAGGUGUAAAGGCUUGCCAUUGACAGUAAAAACUGUUGGAGGUGUCUUGCGCGGUACACAAGACCACAAUGAGUGGGACAAAGUUUUGAAAAGUAAGAUAUGGGAUAUACCGGAAGAGAGAAGUGGAAUUGUUCCCGCUCUUAUGUUAAGUUAUUAUCAUCUACCUUCACAUUUGAAGAGGUGCUUUGCUUACUGUUCAGUACUACCAAAGGAUUAUGAAUUUGAGGAGAAGGAGUUGGUUCUACUAUGGAUGGCAGAAGGUCUGAUUCAACCCCUACAAGAUGAAGAGGGAAUGGAAGAUUUGGGUUUGGAGUAUUUUCACAAUUUGUUGUCAAGGUCAUUUUUCCAAAAGUCACGUAAAGAUGAAUCACAAUUUGUGAUGCAUGACCUCAUCAAUGAUUUGGCUCAGUUGGUUGCAGGCAAUACGUGCUUUAGAAUGGAAGAUAGAGUUGGGGGUACUCAGAAUGGGGAUAUUCCAAAGAAGGCACGCCACUCAUCUUAUUUGGGAAGCAAAUAUGAUGCAACUAAAAAGUUUGAGAUUUUUUCUAAACUCACAAGUUUACGUACAUUCUUACCUCUCAUGCUACCAGAUCCAGGUGAUUGCUAUUUGGCUCAUCAUGUUCCUUUUGAAACUGUUCCAACAUUACGUUGUUUAAGGGUAUUAUCUUUCAAUGGAUACUGCAUAACGGAGCUACCGGAUUCUAUUGGUGAUUUGAAGCAUCUACGGUACCUUGACCUUUCAAAAACUUUAAUUAAACUCCUGCCAGAAUCAAUAACUAGGCUCUAUAACUUACAAACAUUGUUGUUGAAGUAUUGUGCUCGUCUAAAGAAGUUACCUUCAAUGUUUCAAAACUUGGUUAACUUGUGCCACCUCAACAUUAAAGGGGCAACUAGUUUGGAAGGAAUGCCUAUGCAGAUAGGUAAAUUAACUAGUCUUCGAACACUGUCUAAUCUAGUUUUGGGAAAAGACAGUUGCUUUGGAAUAAAGGAGCUUGGACAUUUGAAGCAUCUUAGAGGGACACUCUGCAUUUCAAGAUUAGAGAAUGUGAUUGAACCGAAUGAUGCAAAGGAUGCUGAAUUAAUUAAAAAGACGAAAAUUAGUGCGUUGCGUUUGAAAUGGAGUAGGGACAUUGAUGAGUCAAAAGACACGACAAGUGAACUAGAGGUACUAAAUGGGCUACGGCCUCACGACGCUUUGAUGAUGCUCAAUAUAAUUAACUAUGGUGGUACAAAAUUUCCUAAUUGGUUAACAUCUGCUUCAUUUCCUUAUAUGGUGUCCUUGAAAUUAAAAAAUUGUUACAAGUGCACAUCAUUACCUCCAUUGGGGCAGUAUUUGCCAUCCUUAGAGACUUUGCAUUUCUAUGACAUGGAGGAGUGGGAGAAUUGGAGUCCUUGCGAAGAAUUCCCAAAUUUGCGUGAGCUUACCCUUAGUAACUGUCCGAAACUAUUAGGGGAGUUGCCAAACAAGCUUCCUUUACUAAAUGAAGUUGAGAUAAUUGAUUGUGAGCAGUUGGUGGUUUCACUUUCAUGCUUUCCAGAUAAAUGCAAAUUUAACAUCGAGGGAUCCGUAGGACUUGUUCAUAUGGAAGGGGUGGUGUGUGGAAGCAAGGUUGCAUUCAAAUCAAUGACAUUCUCCGGAUCACUUUCACCAAUUUUUGAUGGAGGGCUUGAUAUGGAAGGGCUGGCAGAUAUGGAAGGGCUGGCAAAGUUAGAAGAGGUGACUAUUGAAGACCAUGAGGAGCUGACAAAUUUAUGGUCAGACAACAUGGGAUCACUGCAACAUCUCCCAUUUCUGCGCAGUCUUGAAAUUGAUAAUUGUCCCAAACUAGUCUCUUUGGUGGCGGAAGAAGUUGAUCAAGAGCGUCUCCAACUCAGAAUCACAUCUCUUAGUAUUAGCAAUUGCAUAGCCUUGGAAUCAUUACCCAUUGCAUUGAUGUACAACAACACGUGUCUUCAAUCUAUUGAAAUUGUACGCUGUGAUUCACUAACGCAUUUUGCUGGAAGCCAUCUGCCUCCAACUUUAAAGAAGCUAUAUAUAGAAAACUGCAAGAGUAUGAGGAAUUUGGUGGAGGAGGAUGAUAAUGAUACAAACAACAACAGUACUUGCAGUAGUGGCAUCACAUCUCUUCUUGUGGUCUUGGAAGUUAGGGAUUGUCCAUCCCUUGAAUCCUUAACAUCAAGCGGAGAAUUACCUGCCACGCUUCAAUACCUCUGUAUUACCAAUUGUCCAAAGCUGGAGUCAGUAGCCAAGAGUUUUCAUCAUAACUCGUUUCUUACAGAGAUCGACAUCUCCUAUUGUGAAAAUCUUCAAUUGUUGAAUGGUGGAGAGUUGCUCCUCCCUUCCAACCUGAGAGCGCUUUCUAUAUUUAAUUGUGAGAGAAUGCAGGGACUGCAGAAUGGCAUAUACAACCUCACCUCUCUUCAACAUUUGGAAAUACGGAAUUGUCCGAGCAUUUUAUCAUUUCCCAAAGAAGGUUUUCCCACAAACCUAACAACACUAAAGAUCCAUGAUAUUAAAAUCACUCAAGCCUUGUUCGAUUGGGGGCUGGACAAAUUCACUUACCUAAAUCAUCUUGCAAUUGGUGGAUGUCAGAAGCUGGUGUCCUUUCCAGAGAUGACGUUGCCUGCCUCUCUAACAAGCCUCCGCAUCUCAGAAUUCUCGAAUCUGGAAUGCCUGUCUUCCGAGGGCUUAAGAAAACUUACCUCUCUUAAAACACUCCAGAUUUAUUACUGCAGGAAGCUCACGUGUUUUCCGGAGGAUGGCCUGCCUCCCGCACUCCUAAAUCUUGGUAUCUCUAAUUGCCAAAAGUUGAUGUCCUUUCCAAAGAAUGGCCUACCUCCCUCACUCCUAGAGCUUGAUAUCUCUAAUUGCCAAAAGUUGAUGUCCUUGCCAAAGAAUGGCCUACCUCCCUCACUCCUAAAGCUUGAUAUCUCUAAUUGCCAAAAGUUGAUGUCCUUGCCAAAGAAUGGCCUACCUCCCUCACUACAGAAACUUGCAAUCGAGGGAUGUCCUCUGCUGGAAGAACGCUGCAAGAAAGAUCAGAGAGGAGAGUGGCGCAAGAUAGCUGACAUCCCUUAUGUUCAAAUUAAUGGCAAAUACCUUUAUGACACAGAAACGGAGGAAUAAAUCCAAAGAGUCCCAAAAUUGAGACCCACGUUUGCUGAGAUCAUGGAUGCUUUGAAGCCGUUGUAGAAGCCAAUAACCAGUUCUCAAGUUCCCAGGCCAAGCACAUCCACAGGCAGUGGCCAUCAGAAGGCUCUGCCAUCAAUUGCAGAAGAAGCAGGCUAGAAGAGCAAACUAUACCAUCAUACUCUCUGUCAUUGGACUGUAAAAAUAUGGGGUGAAGUUAGAUUGCCUUGGACAAGUCUGAGAAAGUGAUGUGUUGAUUUCCCUACAUUCAAUCCAAAUUGAGAUUGUGAUUCUUUUUUCUCAAUUCCCUUUUUUCCCCAUCACAGUGCAACUAUCCUCAAGGUUGUAUAUUUGUUUGUAGAAAUCCAUUGAAAUUGUUGUAAUCAAUGUUUUGAAAAAUUUUCUUUUUGUGGAGUUCUUUCAUUUUGAUUUUGUAACUAAAUUGAUACAAAGAUAGAAUACAAUCUGCAUCAUUUGCUAGUA